GUCAUCUCUUUCACUCAUACGGUAAUGUAUAGCAGUUUUUCAACACGAUAUGCUUCACAAAUUGUCAGCCGUAAACCAGAAUCUGCUCUGCUAUACUAUAUUUUUAUUCCCUGUUUAGUUCCUUGUGAAAUAAAAUUGGCCGUUUCUAUUGACGUUUACCAUUUAACGAAAUUUGUGAACAAAUGACUUUUGCAAUAAGCCCUAACCCGAAUUGGAACACCUCAAGUAUUGAAAGUAAUGGGAAUUACAUAUUUCGUACUAUGACAGAGAAUAGGAAACGGUCCCGAGAGGAUGAUUCGUGUGAAUUCAUGCCAUUGUCUAAAAGGAUAAAUAACUUGCACAUUAACAACAACCUUGUUAAUACAACUGUUUCUCAAACACAAGAUACUAGUCAAAUAAAUGGAAUAGCUGCGGAAAAUGGAAUCUCAUCACCAAGUUCUUCGUCAGGCUCUGAACGAAGACCUAGUUAUGACCCUGGAAUGAGUUCUGCUCAAAGUAGUUAUUAUUUUGACAAUAAGUUGUUAUUCGAACUCCACUUAGAAAGAAUGCAGAGAUGUGGGCAACAAUUUCCAUAUUAAUGCUAGAUUUAGUGAUACCUAAUUAAGUUUUGUGUGUAUUAAUUAUUUGUUACGUCUAAUAUUAUUAUUAAUUAGUAUAUUAAACUGUACCUUUUUAA